GCAAUGGUGUGUCCAGAUGCCUCAGGGUGUCAGAAAUGUUGAUAGGGCCCACAACAUCGUGUGAUCGCGCGUCCUGGACAUGUUACGGAUUCUCAAGAAAUGUAAGAUCAAGGGAUGCGAGCAGUACCAAGCCACUGAUGUUCCGACUUGCGACCCGCGGGCUACGGAGGGCGCAGGUCAGGAGCAUGUGUAACAGCAUAGCAGCCCAGGCAGUGUGCGGCAAGGAUCAGCACAUCACCUGGCAAGAAGGAGCUGUGCGGCGAGAGGCGAAAGAGAGGGCCCUGCAGCAGCGAGGCUGCGUCAUCUGGUUCACUGGUUUGAGUGGAUCGGGCAAGUCGACAGUGGCGUGUACCCUGGAACAUGCCCUCUUCAACCGUGGCGUUCUGACGACGCUGCUGGACGGUGACAACAUCCGCCACGGCCUCAACUGCAACUUGGGCUUCUGUGAGGAGGAUCGAGCAGAGAACAUCAGGAGGGUGGGCGAGGUGACCAAGCUCUUCGUGGACAGCGGCCUCAUAGCCCUGGCCAGCUUCAUCUCCCCCUACAGUCGAGACAGGGACAACGUGCGCGCACGGCUGGGCCCCAGGGACUUCAUUGAGGUGUACCUGAAGAUUCCUCUGGAGAUGUGUGAGGCGAGGGAUGCAAAGGGGCUGUACAAGCUGGCGCGUGCGGGCAAGAUCAAGGGUUUCACCGGCAUCGACGACCCCUAUGAGGCCCCUGAAAACCCGGAGAUCACCCUCGAGGCCUGCAGCGCCGACGGCCGGCCGCAGUGCCCCGAGUCCAUGGCGCGCACCAUUCUUACCUACCUGGAGAGCCAUGGCUAUUUGAGAGCGCCCAUGGCGAACAAUGCAGUGAGCGGCCCUGCGCGCGCGAUUGCUGACUGGGCCGAGCGCAAGACGCCAGUUUUGGACUACAGCAUCUAGCAGCUUCCAGUAGCUUCUGGACCACGCGUGGCUUCGUCCUGCUGUGCACUGCAGCUGCAACGAUUUCAAUUGUGACAAUUGGCAGCUGCAGUGAGGCAGCAUGGUUUUGCUGUGAGGGGUUAUUUGAAAAUAGGUGAGGAUUUAAGCAACAGUGGCUAAGAGUGGCCUGUGAUUUUCAUAGCAAUUAUUGUGAAAGGAAAGGAGCAAUAUCAAGUGAUGGGAAUGGAGAGAGCAGCUUGGAUGGGGUGGCACAGGGAUGUGUACAUUGAUGCUGGCAUGAUGUUCCAGUUGCCAUCUUACUGUGCAAGGUUCAAGAUGCCAGCAGAACGUGUAUGUUAGAGCAGCGACAGCCCUGCAUUUUGCAGUGUAUAGGCAGCAGAACACAUUCCUGUCAAUGCAUGCAGUGGCUGGGUUUUGCGACAUUUUGAGCCCAGAAGCGACCCGACCCCUGUUGAUUUGAUUAGAGACCUGCAGCACUUCAGCACUGCGCAUUAAAGGGUAGUGUCAAAGAGUAAGGCAAGGAAAGGGGGUAUACCAAAUGCUGUUGCAGCCUGUACACAUGUGGCGAGCAGGCUGGUGAAAAUGUACUGUAAUUUCUGCAGGCUACAAGCCAAUAAGUUCUGUCUGAUGGGUGCAUACAUUUUCUUCAUGCGCACGUGGUCUUGCUGAGCCACAUAGAUGAGUUGUGGAAGACCUUCUACUACUCCUGAUGCUUGAGAUCGAACACAGCUGGUGUGAACUUGUAAGUGUCCUUGGUCCUGAUUGCUGCAGCUGAAAGCUCAAGUGUUUUUAAACUUGUGGUGUCGAUGGUGUCAAAGUUAUCACAAAAAUGCUUGGCAUCAACGCCUGCACUGCAGCUGUCCCUGCUUUUGGACAUGGACUCAAUUAUGUCUGAGCAGUGACUUCAUGCUUGACCUGCUUGUCAGGUGUGCACAGCGCAGGUAAGAUGCUGAGGCUUGGUAGGACACAGAGAAGUAUGAAAAGUGCCACUUGACUUGUCUCUUCAAUGGUUGCUUCCAAAGCUUGUGUUCCAGAGCUUAGCUAAAAGCACACUCCAGAUCUAGAGUCAUUGUUUCCUUGACCCACUCAACCGUGAUGAUCAUGAAUGCUGCACUUGAAAAGACAUUCACUGAAGCACAUAUUUGAAGCAAUCAUGAUGCACGACUUCAUAGUUGCACGACACGGC